AUGGUCUUGGAGAGCUUGGGCGUAGAGAAAUACUUGGAGGAGCACAUAGAAUCGGCAAAUUACCUUUUUCGAGCGAUGAAGUACAAAGGACCCGAAACCACUGAGACCAAGGUUGGGCUAAGAGCUCACAGAGAUCUGAACGUAGUGACUAUAUUGUAUCAGAUUAAUCAAGUCGACGGGUUAGAGGUGCAGACUAAAGAUGGGGAAUGGAUCAAUGCCAAUCCUUCACCUGACUCUUUCACAGUCUUUAUCGGGGAGUCUUUCUCUGCGUGGGCAAAUGGCCGACUCCAUUCGCCAUUUCAUCGCGUAAUGAUGAGUGGGAACAAGGCAAGGUACUCUGUUGGAUUGUUUUCUAUCCCAAAACCAGGUUGCAUAAUCAAAGCCCCAGAAGAGCUGGUGGAUGAAGAUCACCCCUUACUCUUCAAGCCCUUUGACUACGCUGAAUACAUCAGAUUCUACCACACAGAAAUUUCCCAGAAAGGCGAAUCUUCCCUGCAGAAUUUCUGUGGUUUCUGA